AUGGAGCGACUGCACACCGAGGGCGCCACCUGGCAGCGCGUGCUGCACAGCAAGCAGAGCGAGGCAGCGCUGCUGCUGCUACGAAUGGAGCAAGCCAAGCAGGAGGCGGAGGAGGCGCGCGUGCGCUCGCUUCAGGCUGCCGAGGAGGCGCUGGAGCCCACCAGUCUGGCGGGGGUGAAGUACGAGGAGGCGUACCGCUUGCAGGAGCAAGCCGACGAGCUGGAGGAGCAGGCCAAGCAGGCGCAGGCGGAGGUGCUGCAGGUGGUGCAGCAGGCGGUGGGCCCAGAGCAGAGCAGGCAGGAGCGGCUGCGGGAGGCGGCGGAUGCAGAGGCGCGGGCCAAGCAGCUGGAGCUGGAGGCGCAGCUGGUGGAGGGAAAGAUGGAGCGCAAGCUGGCUGAGGCAGAGGCCAGGGCCGAGACGGCCACCGUGUUUGCGCAGCAGGCGGAGCGUGUUCAGGAGGAGCACCGCGCAGCGCAAGUCACGGCAGAGGCCCAGCGGGAGAUGGCAGACUUCUACUCCGAAUCGGAGCAGCGCCACGCAGAGGCACGGGGCGAGCUGAACAAGGUGGGUGCCGCGCCGAUGUCGGCGGAGGCCGGAGAGAUUGUGCGGCGCCAGCUGGACCGCUUUGCCACGCCCGGCUGGACCGAGGCCCCCACCGUCCCCGUAGACAUGCCUGCCGAGCCUGUGACGCCCUACAGCCCCACCCAGGUCCAGGCGCUGCUGGCAGAGGCGCCCACCCUGCCCUCCCACCCCGUCGUUCAGGCGCCGCCUGCCAGCAUGGCGGAGGCAGAGGGGAUGCAGCGCGUUCCGGUGACGGCCUGA